UGUAAAUUAUGUCUUUUCUAUGAAUUAUAUUUUAUUUGCAAUCUUAGAUUUUAUGUGUUUAUAUGUGACAUUGACAUUCCACAAGUUCACCUGAUAAAUGAUCAUCAGAUCAUCUUUUGUACUUUGAUAAUGUAUUGAACGCUUAUAGAUUGCAAUCAGAUUAGAUUACUCUUAAACUCUUUAUCUUAAGUUUUUUUUUUAUCUUUCGUGAAAAUGUACGUUAACACCAGUGCAACUUUCAUUAAAAGACAAGACAGAACACUACGAUCCUACUAGAAAAAUAUAUAUUGUGAUAUUUAGCUUUGUGUUACAUUUUUUGUGUAUCAGUGUUGAAUCAAUUAAAUCUGUAGGUCAAUUUUCAUAAAAGAAGAAAGAUAUUAGAUCCACAGUUGCUUAUAAAUUAUAUAACAUUAUUGAACGUAGUAGCACUGGAAUCUUCCCUGUGUUAGAGAUAUUGAAAUUGUACAUAUUAGGCACUUGACUGUAAACUUUUAGCGGAAAUAAUAUUAUAUAAUAUUAAUGCUCUCUGCAUGCUCUCUUCCCAUAAUACUCUUUGGAUGAUUAAUAUUAUUUUAAAAAUUGCUACAAAAUUUUGUUCCGGUAUAAUUUAAUUUUACAUUAAUUUGUAAAAUGUCUACAAAAGUACCACCGGAUGGAGGAUGGGGAUGGGUCAUCGUUCUGGCUAAUGGAUUAAAUGGCAUGUCAAUCGUUCCUGUUCUACAAGUAUUUGGAUUAAUAUUCAAAGAUUGUUUAGCCGAUCUUAAUUUGAAUGCGACAGAUGUAUCAAUUAUAAUCAAUGUAAAUUUGGCAUCUGGUAUGCUGAUGGGCAUGAUUAAUGGAGCUCUUUUGAAGACUUAUGGAUAUAAGAAGGUAGCAAUAGCUGGAAGCAUAUUACAUACAGUUGGAAUAAUGUUGACAGCAUUCGCCAAUAGCUUUUCUUUCUUUAUUAUUUGGUACGGAAUAUUAACAUCCAUUGGUUUCGGUAUGUUGAUGUCCGGAUUUUCUCUAGCACUUAAUAUUUACUUCACUAAAAGGCGAGAUCGAGCAGUGGGCUUGGCGAUAACCAUCACUGCACUAGGCCCGAUUCUUAUGCCUCAAAUAGCAUCCUUCUUACUUAUAAUUUAUGGUACACAGGAAACCAUGUUGAUACUUGGCGCUUAUAGUUUUCAUUCAAUGAUAGCCGCACUGUUGCUACAACCGGUUAAAUGGCACAUGAAAACCGUACCCGUCUGCUUAGAGACAAUUCCUGAAAAUUCUAAAAUAUUGAGCGAUAAAGAAGAUAUAACCAAUAAUGCAGAAAAUGAAGCUAAUAUGCACUCUUCGAGGCUGACUUUGAACAAUUAUCAGAGAAAAAGGAAACUAUCGACUAUAUCGAGCAUUGAUCACGAUGUCGAAGUUGGAAGCAUUUAUGGGUUCGAUACUUUAUCUCGACAAAUUUCUAUAGACAGAACAAUGUAUGAUGUAAAUUCUGAUAUCGAAAUGAAUCAAGAAACGUCUGUGACAAAUUUAAAUGGUAUCUGCAAAUGUUCAAAACAUUCAAUGUGGAAUUUAGUGAAAAGUAUGGAAAGUGUAAAUCUCGGUAGUAGCAUAAAAAUUUUCGAUGAACCAGUACCGAAAAAAUUGAUUUUCAUCGAUAAUAAAGUAAGUAAAAGUAAUAGUGUCAACCAGAACAUUGUGGAAAGAAAUUCGUUGUUAGAAAAAGAGACUGAUAACUGUUCAAAUGAAAAAAAUUGCGAUAAAGACAAUCAGAAAGAUGAAUCCGUUUUCCGUCGAAUUUGGCAACGAGUGGCUGAUCUUUACGACCUUGAUCUUCUGUGUGAUCCUAUUUACAUAAAUAUUAUGUUGGGGAUGUCGAUAGCCGUUUUCGCGGAGGUGAACUUUUCCAUACUGACGCCGUUUAUUCUCGCUGAUAAAGAAAUGACAACUGCACAAAUUGCCAACGUUAUGAGCGUCAUCGCACUAAUCGAUCUCUUUGGCAGAGGCGCGGCACCGUAUCUGGGAGAGUGGUUACAUCAGUCAGCUAGGAUGAUGUAUAUGCUUAGCCUGUUUCUUCUGGCAAUUAGCAGAACCUUGUUGAUUUUUACGAAUAGCUUCUCCUCGGUAACAAUUGUUGCAAUCGGUUUGGGAUUGGCCAAAGGAAUUCGCACGGUGUAUAUGACCUUAGUGGUACCUAGCUAUGUUCCUCUCCAUAAAUUAGCCAGCGCUUCAGGGAUCCAGAUGUUAAUUAACGGAAUAAUUAUGCUAUGCGCGGGUCCUAUACUAGGUUUGAUACGAGAUAGUACAGGAAGUUACACAAUUUGUAUUAUAUUGAUUAAUACACUAACUCUUCUUACGAUAUUUAUCUGGACAGUAGAGAUACUCGUACAAAGGAGGUCUGCACGGAAGAAAUCAAAAUUGCCCGAAUCUUAAAAUAUAAUGUACAAAAUAAUUCUAUUUUUAUAAAUAAACAGUUUUUACAUACAGUAUUUACAUUGUGAAAUUUUAAAAUUAGUAAA